UCUGUUUUCUCUGACCAAACAGACGCUCUGUCCACUACGAGACACACCACAGCAGAGAUCUAAAACAGGAGUCACAGCUCUGCUGGACGGACACAGACGCUGAGAUGAUGCUGCGUGUGCUGUUGCUGCUGUCGCUCCUGUCUGUGCCGGGACUCUCCGCCUCCACAGAGAGCCUCGCAGCCGGAGCCAAAGCAGUGCAGUCGUCUACAGUGGACGGGUCAGGAGACGCUCAGAACGCUGUGGACGGAAACAGAAACACGGACUACAGGAGGGGCUCAUGCAGUCACACCAACUAUGAGAGGGACCCCUGGUGGAGGGUGGAGCUGCCCGCUGUCUACAACGUGACCUCAGUGACCAUCACCAACCGCGGAGACUGCUGCGGACACCGGAUCAACAGAGCUCAGAUUCGGAUCGGCAACAGCCUCAAGAACAACGGCAACAAUAACAAACUAGUCGCCGUUAUUCACUCUCUACAAACCGGAGCCACGAGUACAUUCAGCUUCAGCGCCGCUGAGGGGCAGUUCAUCAACAUCCUUCUACCGGGAGGUGGUAAAAUCCUGACUCUGUGUGAGGUGGAGGUGUGGGCAGACGACCAGCUCAGGCCACAUCCUCACGAGAACAUCGCUGCCGGAGCCAAAGCUGCGCAGUCGUCGACCCAAGAACAUCAAGGAAACGCUCAGAACGCUGUGGACGGAAACAAUAACACAGACUACAGGAGGGGCUCCUGCACGCUCUCUAAAUUUGAAGCAGAACCCUGGUGGAGGGUGGAGCUGCCGGGCGUCUGCAACGUGACCUCAGUGACCAUCACCAACCGCGGAGACUGCUGUGGACACCGGAUCAACGGAGCUCAGAUUCGGAUCGGCAACAGCCUCAAGAACAACGGCAACAACAACAAACUAGUCGCUGUGAUUGGCCCUCUCGGCUCUGAGGUCACAAAAACCUACAGGUUCAGAGCCACAGAGGGUCGCUAUGUUAAUAUUUUCCUACCAGGAGAGAACAAGAUACUCACUCUGUGUGAGGUGGAGGUGUUCGCAGAUGAAGAAUUCAGGCCUGAGUCUCUUUACCUCCACGACCAGACCGAGCUGCAGAACCUCGCUCUCAGAGGAACCGCCACUCAGUCCAGCCUGCACAGCUCCAGCACACUGGCUGCCUUCGGACUCGCCCAAAACGCCAUUGACGGGAACCGAAACUCUCACCUGAAGAGGGGCUCCUGCAUGCAGACAGGAAAGGAGAGCGCCCCCUGGUGGAGGGUCAUCCUGCAUCACAAAUCCAUGAUAUUCUCUGUGGCCCUGACCAAUCGAGGGGACUGCUGCUCGGAAGACCUGGACGGUGCCGAGAUCCGGAUCGGUGAUUCCGUAAAGAACAAUGGGAAAGAUAAUCCACUCUGCGCCACUGUGUCCUCCAUCCCUGCUGGACAGACGGAGUACUUUAACUGCAGCGCUCUGCUGGAGGGCAGCUACGUGACCGUGUCUUUGCCCCGAGAGGGAACUCUGAGUCUGUGUGAGGUGGAGGUGUUUGGGGUUCCAGUCGUCCGAUGUGGAGACUGAGUCUAAUGACCCCCCGCGUUUGUGGACGGGCCUCUCAGAGCCUGGGAGGGUUUGUUUGUUCAGUCAUGGACGAAUGUGACUCUAAUUCUGAUUCUCAUUCAAUUCAGAGGGUCUGCGUUUGGGUCUGACUCGCCGCGAGACGCCGUCUCUCCUUUAACUGGGACAACUCACGCUGUGUGUUUCAGUCUUUAGGUGUCAUUAAUAAAUGAAGUGAAUCUAAAA